AUGCUAGAUUUGGUGGUCUCUGCACAGGGAUCAUUGCGGCGGAUCCGUUGCCAAGUAUUGGUGAAAUCUACGCUAAGGUUGUCCGUGAAGAACAGCGUCUGUCUUCCGCUCGUCUCGGAACAGCAGCAUGAGGCUUUAGGGUUUUCUACACGUCGAGAGGAAGCUCCAUCCUCUGUUCGCCGUGAUCAGAAUCAGUCACCUGAUUCUCGUCUUGAGUUGUCAUCUUCUUCCAUUCGUAACCGGAGUGCUUUGUGUAGUCAUUGUGGCCGUACCGGACAUGAGAAGAAAGAUUGUUGGCAGAUCGUUGGUUUUCCAGAUUGGUGGAAUGAACGGAACACCAAUAGUUCUGGAUGUGGUGGUCGUGGUGGAAGAGGUGGAAGAGGAGCUGGUAUCAACAACGGUGGACGAGGUUGCGGUCAGGCGAAUGCAGCUCACGCCACGAGCUCUAACGCUUCAUCGUUUCCCGAGUUCACUCCGGAUCAGUGGAAAGCCCUUUCCAAACUGAUUCAAGACAAGACAGGGGAGUCCAAUUCUGACAAACUGUCUGGUAAGAAAGGUUAA